AUGUUUGGUAUUCCUGCUAUCAAGACUGAUACCACUAGGUUGUUGGAUGGCAUGCAGAUGGCAUCAUUAUCACAACAACAUUACAAGAUUAUAGACCUUCUCCAAAUGGAAGUCAAGCAUCGAUAUUCCCAUGUCUCAUUCCAGGCAACAAUCCAAUCCAGUCAUAUUGUGAUCAAUGGCAAAGGCAAACGAUCAUUGGUGCUCGCCUGUGUUGAACAAGCUGGCUCAUCAAGCAUCAUGUAUGUGGUUUUGAAGGAGUAUUGUUGUGGAUUUAGGGCUGGCCGUUCGGUACAUUUCACCGACAUGAGGAUACGAUCAGGUGAGGGCAUCAACAGUGCCAACAUAUGCCACUCAAGUCGUGCAUCUUCAUACAUUAUUGAGAACAAUGCCACGACUACCUCGCGAGCUAUCCCACCAGCUCCUAUCAAUAAUGACACAAUGACAAACAAGAAGAAUGUAUCAUUAUGUGAUAUCAAUCGAUCAUCUGAUCUUAAUGUCAUGUAUAUAGUUGUAGCAGACAUCACAUCGAUAAUAUCAUUGGAGUUGUCAUACUCAUGUCAAUCAUGUAUCAAUGACAAUGUGGCCAUAUGUCAUUGUACACGCAUUGACUUUGAUCAGAUGCUAUUCAAAGGUCAGUUGGAAUGUGAAGUGUCCGAUGGAACUGGUAUCAGAAGGUUACUUGUCCAGGAUGAGGUAUCAUCAAUGAAGAUACUUCAUAUCGAUCAACUGGAGAUGCAAAAGGUCAAGCGUAAACUAGUGGAUAUGAGGAAAAUAGGCAUUUGGAAAAGGUCAUCACGUAACAUGCCACAGCAACAGGAUGUUGGCCAGACCAAUGGCAACGGCAAUAGUGAUGACUUGGAAGGAGACACAAUCAAUCUUCUUGAGUUCUCAACAAAGCAUAAGUGGCGAACACAUGAAUUGACGGUUAGAAGGCAAGAUGACAAGGGUGAUCGAUUGUUAUGUAUCCAAGUAGGUGACGUUGAUACCAAAGACCAAUCAUGGUCAAUAAUCGAGAGGCUCGCCAAACAAUAG